CCAUUUUAACCGACAUUUAAAAUUUGUAAUGAAAGAGAUAACGACAAGAUAUUUUUCUUAAACAAGAUUAUAUCAGCUCAAACGGGGUCCAUCGUAAUCCUCGGACACGCGCUGCGUUCUCAUUAGAUCGACAAGAAAAAACUGUGAUUUUGGUGGUGGGUUCGAGAAGUCUAAUCUUUGCCACUAACUAAAUUUCUUCUUUAAAUCUUUUUAUUCUAGAGGUUGACAAGAAGAUUAAUAUCGUAUACACUAGGAGACUCGACGAGUCAAUUUUAACCAGAUUUAGAGGAUUUGUGGAUGUGAUUUCUUCUUUUGGUGAGUUUUCUCCUCUUUUUUUAUUGUUUCUUUCAUUCUCUUUGGAUCUUCAUAGUUUCAGAAGCUUCGAGUGUUUUUUAAAGGUAGUUCCUUUGUCGCUGAAGAAACAUAGUUUCAAUUUUAGAGCUUCUUGAAACUUAUUUUCUUAUCUGGCUCAAUCUUGAGAGUUUUGAGAUUCUGUGGGAGAGACAAUCUUAGGGUUUCUGCAUCUAGCAAAAGUUUGAAUCUUUAAAUAUCUUUUAGCGUUUGCGAUUGUGUUAUUGCCUCUGUUCUGUGUUCAAUGGGAAUCUUCCCUUUUGGGACAGAAUGAUUCUCUUUUCUCGUUUUAGUAUUCCUCGUUUCAUGUCCUUAUAAUAAGGCUUUUCUGUUCCUCAAAACCAGGUCUCUUCUCUUUGGGAUUUUUUUUCAUUGGAAUUGAGCAUACACAUGUGUUUUCCGAAUAGUUUUUGGAGUGAGAAUUAAGUUUGGAUUGUUGAUUCUCUUCCUCUGGUCAUGGAGGAGCCUUGUGAGACACUUGACAGUGGUGAAGCCUAUCAAAUAUCUAGAUAUCAUAACUAUAACCAACACAGCUCCAGAAGCUCAUCUCCCUGGUUGGAUUUGAGAGUGUUCUAUGUCCGGAUAAGCAAUUUCGUGGUGGAAGAUUCAACUCCUGAGGUCCUCACUAUCAAUCACAUUCCUCUGGAUCCAGAUACGCUUUUGGAGAUUAACGGUGUUAGAAUGGGAAUGUACUCAGAAGGAGGUUCUUCACAGCUUAGGAGAGAUCGGGUUGAUAAGAAAUCUGAAGAAGCUACUUAUGUCAGCACAGACAAUAUCAGGUUAACUGGUAGUGUGAAGUUUGAGGUUUAUGACAAAAAUGAGCUAGUUUUGUCUGGAACUCUUGAGAUGUCUGGUAGUAAUGGUUUCACUGGGGAAUCAAAGAAUCGAUGGAAAAUGAAUUGUGAGGCUGAGGUCACUGCAGGGUCUGGUUUCCUUAAGGAGAAGAGCAUAAACGGUCAAGAGUUAUCGUCUCCAUUGCCAACUAUCGAGGUCUAUGUUACUGGUUGCUUCUCAGGAACACCCAUCAUCUUAACCAAGACUCUGCAACUUGGUUUGAAAAAGAAGCAGAGUAGAAGAAUGGCAUUGGAUGCAAUUCCUGAGUAUGAAACUGCAGAGCCUCAGAAAGACACCUCCUAUGCACUUGAUCUUCAGGCAACAACAGAGUACGGGAAUUACAAAGAGGAAUACGAAGGAGACAUGUAUUGGAGAAGUGAGUGCAUUGAUGGGGAGAUGUCAUGGUUUAAUGCAGGUGUAAGGGUUGGUGUUGGGAUAGGACUUGGUGUCUGUGUUGGUCUUGGGAUUGGUGUCGGUCUUCUCGUUCGUACUUAUCAAUCAACUACCAGAACCUUCAGGAGGAGGCUUCUCUAGUUUAGUAAUAUAUACAUUUGCACCUCUUUUUUUUACCUUGCAAUUUUGAAAGAAUUCUCUUUUUUUGUAUUUGGGUGUGAUGUGAAUCAAACACUUUGGUGUGUGGAUAUGAUGGUACUAUUUGUUUUGCUGUAAAUAAAGGAAUGAGAGUGUAGUUUCUUUUGUAUUCAGAAUUUGGCUGAUGAGAACUUGCAUACUAG